AUGUCGAUGUCAAAACAGCCUGAGAAACAACAACUUGAAACAAUGCGUGUAGACAAAUGGCUUUGGGCUGCACGUUUUUUUAAAACACGCUCUAUUGCCAAAGAUGCAAUCGAGGGUGGUAAAGUUCAUCACAAUAAUGAACGUGUUAAAGUCUCAAAAGAGAUUCGUGUUGGAAUGGAGCUCACCAUACAACAAGGUUUUGAUCGUAAAACGGUAGUGAUUAAAGCACUCUCCGUUGUUCGUGGCGGCGCACCGAUCGCCCAACAACUUUAUGAAGAAACUGAGGUGAGUGUGGCACGUAGAGAGUUGAUUUCAUCCCAAAGAAAAUUGCAUAAUCUAGCGCGCCCUGAUCAUCGACCAAAUAUUAGUGAUAUUACAUCGUUUGAGGUUUACGAGAUGGAUGAUAACAAAAGCAAGGCACUGAAUGCGGCACUGAGCCAAAUUGAGAAACAAUUUGGUAAAAACACAGUGAUGCGCUUAGGUGAUAACACUGUUCAAGCGGUUGAAGCGGUUUCUACAGGCUCUUUAACACUUGAUAUUGCAUUGGGUAUUGGGGGCUUACCAAAAGGUCGUAUCGUUGAAAUUUACGGUCCUGAAUCUUCUGGUAAAACGACAAUGACGCUACAAGCCAUUGCGCAAUGCCAAAAAGCAGGUGGAACAUGUGCCUUUAUUGAUGCGGAACAUGCUUUAGAUCCACAAUAUGCACGUAAACUUGGGGUAGAUAUAGAUAACCUUUUAGUUUCACAGCCAGAUAAUGGUGAGCAAGCACUUGAAAUCGCAGAUAUGUUGGUUCGUUCAGGUGCAGUCGAUAUGAUCGUUGUCGACUCUGUAGCAGCGUUAACCCCUAAAGCCGAAAUUGAAGGCGAAAUGGGUGACUCUCACAUGGGGCUACAAGCACGUUUGAUGAGCCAAGCUUUACGUAAAAUCACAGGUAAUGCCAAGCGCUCAAACUGUAUGGUUAUCUUCAUUAACCAGAUUCGUAUGAAAAUUGGGGUGAUGUUUGGUAGCCCUGAAACCACAACUGGUGGUAACGCAUUGAAGUUCUAUGCUUCUGUACGUUUAGAUAUUCGUCGUAUUGGACAAGUUAAAGAAGGCGAUGAAAUUGUAGGUUCUGAAACCAAAGUCAAAGUUGUGAAAAACAAAAUGGCGCCUCCUUUCCGUGAAGCACUUUUCCAAAUUAUGUAUGGUAAAGGUGUAAAUCACUUAGGUGAAUUGGUUGAUCUUGCAGUUGGACAAGAACUUGUACAAAAAGCAGGUGCUUGGUACUCAUAUCAAGGCGACAAAAUCGGUCAAGGUAAAAACAAUGUCAUUCGACAUUUAGAGGAAAACCCUCAAUUGGCUCAAGAACUUGAUCGUAUGAUUCGUGAAAAGCUUUUGACUACUGCCAAUGCUGCACCAGCAGAAGAGAAAGAAGAAGAGCCUGACUUUUUAGAUGUUUAA